AUGGCCGAGCCAGGGCCGGAGCCCGGGCGUGCCUGGCGGGUGCUCGCUCUGUGCGGGGUGGCCGUGUUCCUGGCUGCAGCGGCGGCCGGCGGGGCCCUAGUAGCCUGGAAUCUGGCCGCCUCGGCUGCUCGGGGAUCUCGCUGCCCGGAGCCGGGGGCCAAUGCCACGGCGCCGCCCGGGGACCCGCCGCCUGAGGUCGACGAGUUGCGGCGCCUGCUGGCAGAGGCUGCCGAGCGGGAGGAGGCCCUAGCCAGGCAGCUGGACCAGGCAGAAAGUAUCCGGCGAGAGUUGGAGAAAGCAUUAAAGGCCUGUGAAGGCCGCCAGAGCCGGCUUCAGACCCAACUAACGACACUGAAGAUUGAGAUGGACGAAGCCAAGGCACAGGAGACCCAGAUGGGGGCCGAGAACGGGGCACUGACAGGUGCGUUGUGGUAUAAGGGAGUGGGCAGGGAUAGAGGUGGGAGGAGCCUAGGUGAAUCCUAGUUAUCCAAACCAGCAUAAUUGCAAACGUAAUGCAAAUAACACAGAAAUAAACGCAAAAACUUAUGAAACGAAUGCAAACAACAUGCAGAGGCCAUGCAAAUGUCACAAAAACAACGCAAACAUUACAAAACAUGCAAACGCCUUGUAAACGACUCACAAAAGCAAUGCAAACCUAUGAAAAGCUAUGCAAAUGGCACGUGGAAGCCAUGCAAUGGUACGCACAAAUUUAAUUCAAAUAAAGGAAAGCGUGCAAACGGCAUGCAGACUAUCAACUUGGAUUCCGGCGUGCGUGGGGCGGGUGGGCGCCGGCUCUCCAGCCUGACCCCGACCCCUGCGCCCGCAGAAGCCCUGGCGCGCUGGGAGGCGGCGGCCACGGAGUCUGCGCGGCGGCUGGACGAGGCUCUGCGGCGCGCAGGCGUGGCGGAGGCUGAGGGCGAAGCCUGUGCGGCCCGGGAGGCUGUGCUGCGCGAACGCUUUAACGCCCUGGCAGCCGAGAUGAGCCCCCAGCGCAGAUCGCCUCGGCCGCGUCCCCGUUCGGGGUCCCGACCCCGGCCCAGCCCUCGCUCGCGCUCUCGCUCCGGACCCUCCGGGGGCUGCCGGCGGCCGGCGCGGCGCGCACGAGGGUGAGUCGACCCCCAGCCGGAAGGGGGCUUCGGCCAGGAGGACAGACAUGGUGGGGGGGUGUCUGCGGGGACGUGUAUAGAGGCGCCCCCACGCUGGAUGCGACGCUAACCUUUAGACCGUGGAGACGCCCUGAACGGAAACUUCACAGAAAGGAGCCUCAGCCCUCUCUCCCCGACCAUGUAAAGUGCUUAUUCUACAGACAGGGAAACUGAGGCCCAAGUGAUCAUGCAGUGAGCUAGUGCUUAGCUGGGAUUUGAAGUCCCCUUUAACAACAAUGUUACCGACAUCCCACAGAUACGAAGACUGGAGGUCUAGCCCUGGCUCAGGAGUAACCGGAAAGGGUCACUUUCCCUCUCUGGGUCUCAGUUUACCCUAUCUGUAAAAUGGGUGAUUGGACUCUUGAUAGGGAGUUGAUUUGAAAACAAAAGCUGACAAAGGUGGCACAAUAGGAAAACCGCAAAUCCCUCACCCUGUGAGAAGGGUACAAAACUCCCAGAUGGAAUUUAAACAAAAAGAACCAAGUAACAUGUUUGUUUGUUUUUGGUUUGGUUUUGAGAUGGAGUUUUGCUCUUGU